UCUUUGUUAAAAAAGGGCCAAAUGGUUGACCAAAAAAGAGUUGUUUUUUCUCGUAUAAAAUUAUGAACAGAUCUCUAAGGAAAAAAAAAAACAACUCUCAUUUAUAUAUUUUUUUCUUUCAUUUUUUUUUAUAAUGGUUUCUGCAGAAACUAAACCUAAUAGUUCAUCAAAUUUCAAAUUAAUUGAUGGAAGAAAAUUGUCUUACAAAGAAAGAGGUGUUCCAAAGGAAAAAUCAAAUUACAGAAUUAUAUUUAUUCAUGGAUUUGACAGCUCCAAAGAAAGGGAUUUUCUUGCACCCCAGGAACUUAUGAACACGAUGGGAGUGUAUAUCGUUCAAUUCGAUCGAGCUGGAUAUGGAGGAAGUGAUCCUAAUCUGAAACGAUCGUUAAGGAGUGAAGCAUCAGAUAUUGAAGAACUAGCAAAUCACUUGGAAUUGGGAUCCAAAUUUCACAUAAUUGGUUUCUCCAUGGGAUCUUACCCAACCUGGAGUUGCAUUAAACACCUAUCACAUAGGUUAGCAGGGGUGGCAUUUGUGGUUCCCAUUGUCAAUUACCAAUGGCCUUCUCUACCGGAAUCUGUAUUAAAGGACGAUGAACGGAAGAAGUGGUACAAAAGGAUGACUUUGGUUGCAAGAUAUGCUCCUAAGUUAUUGCAUUGGUGGAUGAUCCGAAAAACGUCUCAAUCCUCCUCUACCGAUAGUACAAAACCUACAUACUUUACGGACAAGGACUUGGAGCUUUUGAAGAAUGCACCUGGAUUUCAAUUUCUUACCGCGGACAAGCUAAAGAGCAGAAGUGUUUUCAACAACCUCCGUAGUGACUUCCUUGUGGCGUUUAGUAAAUGGGAUUUUGAUCCUUUGGAGCUUAGCAAUCCUUUCCCUGAAAACGAUAAACGUCCUGUUCACAUCUGGCACGGGUGUGAAGACAGAUUUAUCAAUUUGAAACUACAAAGACAUGUCUCAGAAAGGUUACCUUGGAUUCAAUAUCACGAAGUUCACGAUGGUGGACAUUUAUUGAUCUAUGAUACCGCGGUCUGUGAAGCCAUCUUAAAGUCUCUUUUGCUUGGAGUGGACACACCACUCUAUACACCUAAAUUUACCUCCUGACUGUCACACCCCUUUUUCGUAGACUUUAUAAUCAUUUCUGUUAUAAGUUCUCCAUCUCAUUUUAUGUCACGGUUACCUCAACCGAAAACAUCUUUUACAUCACCAGCAUUAGGACUCAACCAAUUUGUUGUGUGUUCUGUAGAAGAUGCAGACGUGAUCAAUGUCAAAGUAUCGGGACAACUAAAAAAGAAAACGAAGGUUUACAAGAUAUGGUGAAAGAGAAGUAUGAAUUGAGAGAUUUAUAUAUAGUGCUUUCUGAGCAUGAUAUUUUUGAUGUAGUGAAGGAGGAAGAAGUAUAUAAAGGCCACCAAAUGUUUAUUGAUUAUAUUGCAUACUUAUAAAUCUCUUAUUAU